GGCGCGCCGAGCGGCUGGGCCCAGCAACCGCGCGGAUGGCGGACUCGCAGCUGUUCUGCGUGGCCGAGGAGCGCAGCGGCCACUGUGCCGUGGUGGAUGGAAACUUCCUCUACGUAUGGGGGGGCUACGUGUCUAUUGAAGACAAUGAAGUAUAUUUGCCUAAUGAUGAGAUUUGGACCUAUGAUAUUGAUAGUGGGUUGUGGACAAUGCACCUCAUGGAAGGAGAACUGCCUACCUCCAUGUCAGGAAGUUGCGGUGCUUGCAUAAAUGGAAAGCUGUACGUUUUUGGAGGAUAUGAUGACAAAGGAUACAGCAAUCGACUUUAUUUUGUUAAUUUGCGAACAAGAGAUGGAACCUACGUUUGGGAAAAAAUCACCAACUUUGAAGGGCAACCACCCACACCACGUGAUAAACUUUCCUGCUGGGUAUAUAAAGACAGAUUAAUAUAUUUUGGUGGCUAUGGAUGUAGGAGACAUAAUGAACUCCAAGAUUGUUUUGAUGUUCAUGAUGCAUCUUGGGAAGAGCAGAUAUUCUGGGGAUGGCAUAAUGAUGUUCACGUAUUUGACACAAAGACACAGAGUUGGCUUCAACCCGAAAUUAAAGGUGGCAUUCCACCACAGCCACGAGCCGCGCAUACGUGUGCAGUUCUUGGAAAUAAGGGCUAUAUCUUUGGCGGACGUGUGUUGCAAACUAGGAUGAAUGAUUUGCACUAUCUAAACUUAGAUACCUGGACCUGGUCUGGAAGGAUUCCUAUUAAUGGAGAAAACCCUAAGCAUCGGUCAUGGCAUACUUUAACACCAAUAGCUGAUGAUACGCUUUUCCUGUUUGGUGGCCUAAGUGCAGACAAUAUUCCAUUAAGUGAUGGUUGGAUUCAUAAUGUCAUAACAAAUUGUUGGAAGCAGCUUACACAUUUACCUAAAACAAAACCCAGGUUAUGGCACACAGCCUGUUUGGGAAAAGAAAAUGAAAUAAUGGUAUUUGGUGGGAGCAAAGAUGAUUUACUUUCCUUGGAUACAGGUCAUUGUAAUGAUUUAUUGAUCUUUCAGACACAGCCUUAUUCAUUACUCAGGUCAUGCCUUGACUGCAUUGGUAAAAAUGCUAUAAUUUUAGAAAGUCAGAUAUCUUUAUUACCUCCUAAACUUCUCCAACAAGUACUCAAAAAAAUAACAUUUUGGACUGCAGCUAAUCACCGGGAAGAACAAAGAGCCCAAAAAGAAGAAACAGAAAAUAAAUAUCAGUGGAUCAGUAGCAAUUAAGUUGUUAUAUAUGUUAUAUGUUUAAACAUUUUAAUCAGACUGUAUAUUUACUCCCCAAAU